GAGUGCUGUAUCCGAUGCAGAUUCUUCUUCCAAGACGUAGACGGGAAAUUCAGUUGUUUUGGUUUGGUUCAAUAAUUUGCCUUUUCUACUACCAUAAGCAAUCUCAAUCGGCAGUAACUUGUGCAGCAAUCAGCCUUAUAUAGAUCUACAUAGAACACGUCCAUCGUACUUGUAAUUAGUCGAAAACCAAAGAACAAAGAUGCGUUGUGCGGUGUGCAAUUAUUUCACCUGGAGCUAUUUUAUCGCUUUUGCGGAAAUUUUCGUUUCGUUCAAAGUGGCCUCGGCUCUGCUGGCAUGUUCCCGUGUCAAUGAGCUGGAUCGCGAUAUUGCAUGCUAUGACGUUGAACCGGUGUUUGUGAUGCUGGUUCUGUACAACUUUCUGUCGCUCACCCUCAUCAUUGGAGUGUUCAAGCGGAUGGAGAAACUUCUACAAAUUUACCAGACCUGCACCAUAACCUUGAAGGCAUCCGCCAUCGUGCGACGAGUUGUCCUGUCGGCUACAGAGUACAAUGAAGAUUACAUGGAAAAGACAGUUACAGAGAUGAAGAUCAUCAUAAUGUUUACUUUAAUCUUCACCUUGGAAGCGUUGGUAGUGGCCGGAGCCUGUAGGAAAAUCCGUCGUGAACAACAGGAACCGCAGUACUACGUCGAUGUUGUCUGAAUGAAUACAGCCGUUAUCAGUAUGUUUUCCUACAUGGUGGAAAUCGGUUCGAUGUGAUCCAGUUUGUGUCAAAGUCCUGUACGAUAUCCGUGACGGCUAGGCAGCAGCGUAGUGGUGGGGCUUGAAUGAAGUGAACUCCCUGAAAUAAUCAACCUUUUUCGUCCAGACAAUAUAUACAGAUAUUUACAUAAGCAUUUACACGACAAGAGUUUCACCACCUUUUCCCCGUUAUACGCGCAAACAAAAUUAGAACGCUUUCCAGUCAAUUUAGGAUUUGUAAACAUUGUAUCGUAGGCGAGUGAUACCUAUAUAGUAGAUGUAACAGCUCAACCAUUUUUUGCCAAUUCGAUGAAAUGAACGCUUG